AACAACAACAACAACAACAACAACAACAACAACAACAACAACAACAACAACAACAACAACAACAACAACAACAACAACAACAACAACAACAACAACAACAACAACAACAACAACAACAACAACAACAACAACAACAACAACAACAACAACAACAACAACAACAACAACAACAACAACAACAACAACAACAACAACAACAACAACAACAACAACAACAACAACAACAACAACAACAACAACAACAACAACAACAACAAC